AUGGCUGAAAAACCAUCCAUUACGAAAUUAAGAAAUAUGAUUUUUGUAUAUACAAUUGCGUGUUUUUCUGCCAUUGGUGGAUUUCUUUUCGGAUAUGAUAUAGGUGUUAUAUCAGGUAUUCUACCUAUGAAGCAUUUUCGUGAAAUUUUUCCUAGUGGUCCUGCAAAAGAAGGAUCAAUAGUAGCAUCGCUUUUAGCAGGAUGCUUUGCCGGUGCAUUGGUUUCUGGAUAUUUGGCCGAUAAAAUUAGUAGAAAAUAUUCUAUGCUUGUCGGAUCACUGAUAUUUAUUAUCGGUGGUAUAUUACAAGCUACCACCAAUACAUUUGCUCAAUUAUAUGUUGGUAGAGUUAUUUCUGGUAUAUCUGUUGGAAUUGCAGUUUCUUUUUGGAUUGAUUACGGUUGUGAAAAGAUUUCUUCAGACUCACAAUGGAGAAUCCCUUUAGGUAUUCAAGUUAUUCCAGCCGCAAUUUUAGCUGUUAGUACAAUUUUCCUCCCAUUCUCACCACGUUGGUUACUGGAUCAUGAUAGAGAUGAAGAAGGAUUAAAAGUUAUUGCGGAUUUACGAUCAAAUGGAGACAAGUCUGAUGCAAAUGUCUUGAGCGAAUAUAAUGAAAUUAAAGAAAAUGUUAGAUUUGAACGUGAAUUUGCUGCAAAAAGUUAUCAUGAACUUGUUAAAAAAGGCCCAGAAAAUAUUAGAAGGAGAAUGAUUUUGGGCGUUGUUAUACAAGUAUUUCAACAAUUCACUGGAAUCAAUGCUAUAUUGUAUUAUGCACCUCAAAUUUUUGUAAAUGCCGGACUUGCAGAUAAUUCAUCAAGACUUCUUGCCACCGGAAUUAAUGGUGUAGUAAAUAUGUUAUGUACUAUUCCUGCUAUUAUUUGGGUUGAUAAAUGGGGUCGUAGGCCAACUUUUAUAUCAGGUGGAUUUUUGAUGGGAUGUGCCAUGUUAAUAAUCGGUAUAAUUCUAGGGGCCACAGGAAUAGAAUAUUAUGAUCCAGAACUUGAAAAAAAUUUUAUGAGAUUGGAUAAAACUAAAAAUAAAUCACUUGAAGAAAUGGACGAAUUGUUUGGUAAAAUCGAUAAAAAAACCACAAAAGAUCUUGAGUCAGCAGGGGGAGAUAAACGUGAAACUUCAGCUGAUAUAGUUAUCGAUUCUGAUGCAACAACAAAUACUUGA